GCGCGAUGGGCGGCGCGUGCCGGGGACGUCUCUCAAGAUGGCGGCGCCCCCGGAGAUGGAGCUGUCGGCCGCCCUCAGCCUGGAGCUGCUCCCCACCGACCCGCUGCUGCUCAUCCUCAGCUUCCUAGACUACCGGGAUCUGGUGAGUUGCUGCUAUUUGAAUCGAAGAUUAAAUCAGCUCUCGAGCCAUGAUCCACUGUGGAAAAGACACUGCAAAAAAUACUGGCUCAUUUCAGAGGAGGAGAAAGCCCGACGGAACCAGGGCUGGAGAGCCAUCUUCAUCAGCACCUACUGUGAUUUAGGAAGGUACAUCCACUACUAUGCCACGCUGAAAAAAGCCUGGGAUGACCUGGAGCAGUACUUGGGGCAGUGGUGUCCGCGCAUGAUCGGCUCUUUGAAAGAGAGUGUGAGGGAGGAAGAUCUGGAUGCUGUGGAAGCACAAAUCCACUGCAAGCUCCCUGAUGACUAUCGGUGUUCCUUCCGUAUCCAUAAUGGGCAGAAGUUGGUUGUUCCAGGCCUGAUGGGAAGCAUGGCCCUGUCGAACCACUACCGCUCCGAAGACCUGCUGGACAUCGACACGGCGGCCGGCGGCUUCCAGCAGAGGCUGGGGCUCAGGCAGUGCCUGCCCCUGACCUUCUGCAUCCACACUGGCCUCAGUCAGUAUAUGGCCCUGGAGAGUGUGGAGGGACGGAAUAAAUACGAGAUCUUCUAUCAGUGUCCAGACCAAAUGGCUCGCAAUCCAUCUGCUAUUGUUAUGUUCAUUACAGGUACAUCUUACUUGGAAUGGUUUACAUCCUAUGUAAACAAAGUUGUCACUGGAGGUUAUCCUAUCAUCAGAGACCAGAUUUUCAGGUAUGUGCAUGACAAAGAUUGUGUUGCUACCACAGAAGAUAUCACUGUGUCUGUGUCCACCUCUUUUCUACCUGAACUCAGCUCUGUACAUCCACCACAUUAUUUCUUCACUUACAGAAUCAGAAUUGAAAUGUCCAAAGAUGCCCUUCCUGAGAACAUCUGUCAGCUGGAGAGUCGAUACUGGAGAAUAACAAAUGCCAAAGGUGAUGUGGAAGAAGUCCAAGGUCCUGGAGUAGUUGGAGAGUUCCCAGUUAUCAGCCCAGGGAAAGUCUACGAGUACACCAGCUGUACCACGUUCACCACAACCUCUGGAUACAUGGAGGGCUACUACACCUUCCACUGCCUCUCCAACAAGGACAGAUUCUUUAAUGUCACAAUCCCUAGGUUUCAUAUGGUGUGUCCAACAUUCAAGGUGCCUACAGUAUGAACGGCAACAAUUCCUAAUGAAGCUGCAGUGGAUGAAGCCCAAGAUUCCACAGGCACUGAUGACUCCUGAGAUCCACAUAGAGUACUGGACAUUGCUGCACCCUCUGGAUGCUGCCCAUGUCACACUAAUGGGAUUUUUUUUUUCCCCAACAAACUGUUUGCAUAAGCUGAACUCUCUGGGGCUAGUGCAUACAAAUAUUUCUGACUCUUGUAAAUGAACUCUGUUGCACAUCAGGGCAACUAGCAUGAAUGUUGGUGCCAGUUCUCAUAUUCAUUAGAGUAUAACUUAUAUUUUUGUGGUUUGGAAGUGGGGGAAGAAGGAGGAAAACGGAGAGGGAGAGGAAGGUGUUUUAUUCACUUUUUUUCUGAAGGGCUUUGUUCACUUUUUUUCUGAAGGGCUUUGUUCACUUUUUUCCUGAAGUGUGAAACAGCUUGAUGGUCCAAGGUACUCAAAUCUUACAUUUUUAAAGUAUUGCCUACUUAUGGUCAUACUGCAGAUAUGGUGUGUGGAUUUGGUUUUAUACAAAGCAUUAGAAGGGUGUAUCCUCUUGUCCUUUCUCGUGAGCUGCUAAGAAUGAAACUUGCAGUUUGGUCUGAAUGUCCCAUUGGGGUGAGAUCAGGUGCUGUUAUGCUAUUUUCGUUUUUUGUUAAUUAACACAGCAACAGCGAAAAAUUAUGGUCAUAAAAAUGUGUUAAAAUAUGAGUGAAAUUGGCCUUAUUUUCAGACAAUCUGUUGUCAGCUGAAUUUUAUGCUAAAUGACUCUGACUGGAGAGUGCCUCUGGGAAUGUAGUGUCCAUGCAUAAUCUGCCACUUGUUAACUAAGGAAUUUCUCAAUGACUACAGAGUAUGGAUUUGUAAAUAGAUUCUGAGGGCUUUUCUCCGUUACAUGAUGUUUGCUGUUGUCAUAGGUGACAAAUCUAUGUUAUGUAUCAUGUUUUCCUAAGCCCUGGAUGGUUUUUUGUAACUGAAAAACAGACUAAAAGUGGGGGGGAAAAAAGAGGAGGCUGGCAGAACAGCAGAUGGCUAGAAAAUUUAUAUUUAAAAAAAGUAUCUGUUUGCUUUAUCAUUUUUAUUUUGUUUCUCUUGUCAUUAAUAAACAAUUUAACUGCC